AUGGAGCCAUGUAUAAGUGAAUAUGGUGUUAUGGGUAUGGAUGAUCAAAGAGGUUCCCUUUUUGGCAGUCCUAUUCAUGCCAGUGCAUUACAUAUCUUUAAGGAAGAUGUCUAUGGCUUUGGUGUCAUUCUACUUGAAUUGGCCAGAAUAGUAACAAAGGCUUGGGAAAUUGCAGUGAAAAUCGUGAAGGUUGGAGAAGUUGCAAAAAUAACUUGCAAGCCAGAAUAUGCAUAUGGUAGUGCAGGAUCUCCUCCAGAUAUUUUUCCGGAUGCAACACUUGUUUUUGAAGUUGAGCUAGUUGCCUGUCAGCCAAGGAAGGGCUCCAGUUUGGGAAGUGUUUCAAAGGAGAGGGCUAGGCUUGAUGAACUGAAGAAGCAGAGAGAGCUAGCUGCUACUGCCAAAGAGGAGAAGAAAAAGAAGAGAUUAGAAGCAAAAGCAGCGGCUGCCGCACGUGUGCAAGCCAAGUUAGAAGCCGAAAAAGGUCAAGGAAAGGGUAAAGGUAAAGCAAAGUAGG